CCCGCAGAGUUGAUCUGUCAACCAGACUGAAAAUCCUGACACUUAUCGGCGGAUUCAGCCCGGUGUUGACAGCUUUAUUUCGGCACUGGGAUACAAACUACUGAGGACGACGUCGUUGGGAUACGGUGCUUGAGGAGCGGGGCCGUGUCAGCGGCUGUUUUUCAACGCGAUAAAAGUAGCCGUCGUCUGUCAGAAUUCCAACUAUCCAACAGCCGAGCUAGCCAGCUAGCUAAUUACUGUAGCUACACCGACGCUCGCUGUGCCGUAGAUACGGAUUUAUGUGCUUUCUGUUAACGUUCGUCUAUCGGUAGGAAUUCAUUUGGACUCAGUGACCCCGCUGUGAUGAUAUCCUGACAGCUCCUCUAGUCCGUUCCAGCCACUUCCCAAAGCCUGGCUAGCGAGCUAACUUGGCUAACUAGCAGGUUUUCCCUGCCACAGCGUCGCGUCGAGGAACCAGUAGCUUUCGCCGUGGCAGUGAAAUCCGAUUGGAUACGUUGACCGUGUGCGAAAGGCGGUGUGCGGGGACGCCGAAAACCCCCGGCCGGCGAAACGACCGUAUCGAAGGGCCCCAUUUGCAAGUCCACAGGGAGGGGUGCUAGCAGAGACCAGGGUACUCGGCCACUCAGUGCUGCAGAGGCGGCGCACUGCCGAAGGAGACACCGGAUUGAACGGAGGAAGAGUCCCAAACGUUUGACAUCUGUGAUCCGGGAAGUGAACCGGGCAGGGACCUCAUGAAUGGAAAUCGGAACUACAGGAGCCGUUGGGGCCCAGUCCCUGUUCUCCAUGCCUCGGCGGCCUGGCUAUGGCACGAUGGGGAAGCCCAUCAAGCUGCUGGCCAACUGCUUCCAGGUGGAGAUCCCCAAGAUGGAUGUCUACCUCUACGAGGUGGAUAUCAAGCCUGACAAGUGCCCACGACGAGUCAACAGGGAGGUGGUUGACUCUAUGGUGCAGCACUUCAAGGUGACAAUCUUUGGGGAUCGCAGGCCGGUCUACGAUGGAAAGAAGAGCCUGUAUACAGCCAACCCACUGCCUGUGGCACCUGCAGGGGUGGACCUGGAUGUCACUCUGCCAGGUGAGGGAGGGAAAGAUCGUCCCUUCAAAGUUUCCAUCAAAUUUGUGUCUCUGGUCAGCUGGCACAUGCUCCACGAGGUGCUGACUGGCCGCAGCAUGCCUGAGCCUCUGGAGCUGGACAAGCCCAUCAGCACCAACCCUGUGCACGCAGUGGAUGUAGUCCUGCGACACCUGCCCUCCAUGAAGUACACUCCGGUGGGUCGAUCCUUCUUUUCAGCUCCAGAGGGCUAUGACCAUCCCCUGGGAGGUGGGAGGGAGGUUUGGUUUGGCUUCCAUCAGUCUGUGCGGCCUGCCAUGUGGAAGAUGAUGCUUAACAUUGAUGUGUCUGCCACCGCUUUCUACAAGGCCCAGCCUGUCAUCCAGUUCAUGUGUGAAGUGCUGGACAUCCACAACAUAGAUGAGCAGCCUCGCCCUCUCACAGACUCGCACCGGGUCAAAUUCACCAAAGAAAUCAAAGGUUUGAAGGUGGAGGUGACGCACUGUGGAACCAUGCGGAGGAAGUACCGCGUCUGCAACGUGACCCGUCGGCCUGCCAGCCAUCAAACGUUCCCUCUACAGUUGGAAAAUGGUCAGACAGUAGAGCGUACUGUAGCCCAGUACUUCAGGGAGAAGUACAGCCUGCAGCUUAAGUACCCACAUUUGCCCUGUCUACAGGUGGGCCAGGAGCAAAAGCACACUUACCUUCCCUUAGAGGUGUGUAACAUUGUAGCUGGUCAACGAUGCAUCAAGAAGCUGACAGAUAAUCAGACCUCUACUAUGAUCAAAGCCACAGCUCGCUCCGCGCCUGACAGGCAGGAGGAGAUCAGCAGGCUGGUGCGUAGUGCCAACUACGAGGCAGACCCAUUUGUGCAGGAAUUCCAGUUCAAGGUGCGCGACGAGAUGGCCCACGUGACGGGGCGAGUGCUACCCGCCCCCAUGCUGCAGUACGGCGGCAGGGUGAGCACAGAGCACUUUAUGAACCGCACUGUAGCCACGCCCAGCCACGGGGUGUGGGACAUGAGAGGGAAGCAGUUCCACACCGGGGUGGAGAUCAAGAUGUGGGCCAUUGCCUGCUUUGCCACACAGAGGCAGUGUCGGGAAGAAAUCCUGAAGGGUUUCACAGACCAGCUACGUAAAAUCUCUAAGGAUGCCGGGAUGCCCAUCCAAGGCCAGCCAUGUUUCUGUAAAUAUGCCCAGGGAGCGGACAGCGUGGAGCCCAUGUUCAGACACCUGAAGAACACCUACGCCGGACUGCAGCUCAUCAUCGUCAUUCUGCCAGGAAAGACUCCUGUCUACGCCGAGGUAAAGCGUGUGGGAGAUACCCUCUUGGGCAUGGCCACCCAGUGCGUUCAGGUGAAGAACGUGGUGAAGACGUCACCUCAGACCCUCUCCAACCUUUGCCUCAAGAUCAAUGUGAAGCUGGGAGGCAUCAACAACAUCCUGGUGCCUCAUCAACGACCCUCAGUAUUUCAGCAGCCCGUUAUCUUCUUGGGAGCAGAUGUUACACAUCCACCUGCUGGAGAUGGGAAGAAGCCUUCAAUAGCAGCAGUGGUAGGCAGCAUGGACGCCCACCCCAGCAGGUACUGUGCCACUGUGCGGGUCCAGAGGCCCAGACAGGAGGUCAUCCAGGACCUGGCCUCUAUGGUGCGGGAGCUACUCAUCCAGUUCUACAAGUCAACCCGCUACAAGCCCACAAGGAUCAUUUUCUACAGGGAUGGAGUUUCAGAAGGCCAGUUCAGACAGGUGCUGUAUUAUGAGCUGCUGGCCAUUCGUGAGGCCUGUAUCAGCCUGGAGAAGGAGUACCAGCCAGGCAUCACCUACAUUGUUGUGCAAAAACGCCACCAUACACGCCUCUUCUGUGCUGACCGCAACGAAAGAGUUGGACGUAGUGGAAACAUUCCUGCUGGUACGACUGUGGAUACAGACAUCACGCAUCCCUACGAGUUUGACUUUUACCUCUGCAGUCACGCUGGAAUACAGGGCACCAGUCGGCCCUCACACUACCAUGUACUGUGGGAUGACAAUUGUUUUACCGCUGACGAGUUCCAGCUGCUCACCUACCAGUUGUGCCACACCUACGUGCGCUGUACCCGCUCAGUCUCCAUCCCUGCGCCAGCCUACUAUGCCCACCUGGUGGCCUUCCGCGCCCGCUACCAUCUGGUGGACAAAGAACAUGACAGCGCGGAGGGCAGCCAUGUGUCUGGUCAGAGUAACGGUCGGGACCCCCAGGCGCUGGCCAAAGCUGUUCAGAUUCACCACGACACCCUGAGGACCAUGUACUUCGCCUGAGCUACACCAACCCUCCCCAAUCAUUGCCACCCUCAACACACACAAACACACAGACACAACCAUGCACGCCUGGCUUGCCAGUCAAGGAGUCCUCAUAGGUGCAAGUCCCGCCCCCCACACGCCUAGUCAAUCCGGACCUGACACUGUGCAGAGGAAAGCAGGGAGGAGGGAGGGGAGGAGGCACCCCCACACUGGACUGAGGAUGCAAACGCUGCUUUAAAAACAAACAAGAGAGAAACUCAGCACUAUUAUGCAAUAUUAAACCAGCCAACUAGUUUAUUUUCACCCCCAUCAGGCCCCUUUUCAUAGCCCCUCCUAUUUGUUUUCCCGUUUGUCUCCUUUACUCGUGGCCCAGUGGGUGGUUUUUUUUUUGUUUGUUUGUUUUUACUUUCCCCCUCCUUUGGCACAGUCUUUCUUUAUGAUCUACUAAUCUGCUCCUUUGCCAUCUACAGUACCUCAAGUCAGUCUGAGCAGCAGUACUUUUCCAUUCUGUCAGAUUUACUGUAGUUUCUUGCUGAUUCUCCCCAGUGUUUUUAAAUGAGGGAGCAGAGACGGAAGGGUCAGACUCUGGAGUUGUUCAGUUAUUUCACUGGGCCAGAGGUCCUCCCAGUUGCCACUUUUAUUUUUCCCUUUUCCUCCUGUUUCCUCUUUUCUGUCACUUUUCACUAGUGAGUGAAAUCACCAGUUACGUGUAUGAAGCAACAUGUUCUUUUGAGCACACUGCCACCUGUUGGCGACGAGGUAUAAAUGCCCCCUUAAAGUCACAAGUUGUUGCUGUCUUGUAAGGGUUCAGAUCAGUUUUGAUUUAUCUUUAGCCAUCAGCUGUCACAUUUAAAACGGGGGGCAGUUUAUAUUGGCUGAUAUAUCACUUGCUCAGUUGCAGCCAUCUAUGGAUUUUAUUUAAAGUAUAACACUGUUAUUUGAUUCUGGUUGUUAUUUUUUCUUCUACAUUAUGUGAAACAUUUUAUGAUUCUAACUUUUUUUUUUAAUCAUCUUUAUGUUUUUAUCUUUGUAGUUGUCUUGCAUUCAUUUCCCUCAGUGCUUUAUCUCACAUUUCCCUCUCUUGAGUUUGAGAUGGUGGUUAAAUAGAGAUCAUGUCGAUGGUUUCCUCUAGUGCAAUAAUCAGUUGAACGAAGGGAAGAGGAUUUUAGGGGACUUAAACAACUAAAAAAAAAACAAACACAUUUCAUUUGACGUGAGUGUCCUUGAUAGGAGAAAAGUUUGCCACUCGUAAGGCACUUUCCUGUAUUCCUCCUCUGCGAGAUGAUUGAUCAGCAUGUUUUUGAGUUUGCCCUUGCUCUUGGGCAAAAACAGUGCAAUUGCAGUUUUGGUGAUUUUCAUGUUUUUACUUGAAUUGAAGGAUUUUAUGCGCCUCACGGAUUGAGAAUAUUUUAUCAUCAAUGGGCAUAAUUUCAGAAUUUUUGAUUUUCAGUUUGCUAAUGAGGCUGAUUUUCUUAAUUCUUUGGAAUUACCUGGUUUUGGAAAACAAAGCUUUUCACCUGACAGCAGCAAAGUGGAGUCUAAAGGCCAUAAAGAGGUAGUAUUCAAGUGCCUGGUGGAAGUUUAAGGGUUUAAUGGUCAAUAGCUGCAUAACCUAUUGUAGGGAUCCUAUGUCAGUGGGUAAAAGAAUCAAGAAGCAUAUUCUAACAAAUGGACAGCAUAAGAUCGUUUGAAGUAAGAACGUUUCACCCAAUGCCUCUUAUUCCUCUCAAUAGCCGUCUACUGACUUUUCUAUACAUCUCAUUCAAAUCAUUCUAAGAUCAAUAUAUUUAUUAUGUUUGCCUAUACAGCAAGUGUUAGCUGUUGGCUUUGCUUAGGAGCAGCAUUCAAGCAAAGCAGGCAGAGUUGUCUUUUGCUUAAUAUUCACCAGAUAUGGAUCCAGCUGCUACAGUGUGUUUGUACCUAACGGGCCGGGUUCAUGGGCAUGGAGUCAGCCUCGUCAUGAACUCAUUUUUCAAUAAACUCUUUCUUUAAGUAGACAUCCAAGUCCAGGACUAGGUUGAAUUCCUGUCCAUGUAACCGGCCCAAAGUUGGGACUGGCUUCAGAACAGAGCCGAGGAGUAAAGUGGAUGACCAACAUUUGCAGCAGAAGUGCAGCUGACUGUUGGUAUGAAAUGUGGAUGUGGAUUACACUACACUACACUCCUUUGUGCCACUGGUGACCUGAAGCUUGUCCGGGGGGUGUUUUUCAAAGUUAUCUGCACUAAAAGAAGCAUGUGUUUCGGGACUGAACACAGGCGUGGUGCUACUCAUUCUGAAUUAGAAUCUGAAGCUGAACCUCUAUAUGAGACUGUAUAUGAGCAGGUGGGUAGGGUAGAAAACCGUAAACCUCACUCACUGAAGGACAGGAGAAGAUCCCACUGCUACAGUCGGUGCGGGGAGCUCUAAAUUUAGGAUUUCGCUCUGUAGUUAUGGUCAGCAUUGAGAACCUGUAAAUGGUACAAUGACAGACGUUCCCUGGGGCAGUGAGGUAUAAUGUAGGGUCCGACAUCCGCUGUUGCAUUUGACUGCCUUUCACAGGCUAGCCUUUCAGUGUGGAAGCCAGUGGGUUUGAGCCUUCAUGAUUUCACUAGUGUCUGAAAGCCUUUUUAAAAAGCCAGAUCGAAAGUAUAUUUGUACAUUUUAAAUUAUGUAAUGCACACCACUUAUUUUUGCUAACAGAAAAAAAAUGUAGUCUAAUUAUUAAUCUUAGUAAUAAAUGUAUCAUGAUAAGUAACGGUUAAAAAGGUAUAAUAACAAAGUUUUAUUAUUGCAAUAGACUGUUGACUUGUUCCUGUGUCACUGUAUAACGUAUAGUGUAUGUGUGAACAGUGGUGGGGUUGUUGAAACUAGUGAUGUGUGUUUGGACUGUCAUACUGUUAUUGAUAGGGAUGUGGACUUAAACCGCCUCUUGCUUUGAUGUUUGGAAAAAAAAAAAAAGCUGCAAGAUGUUGAAUGCUUAUUUCUCUCCCUUUGUCUUUUUUUUGUUGUUGUUUUUUUUUCUUAGAUGUUCGUACAGUUGAGGGUUUGUCAUAGAAGAGAGAAUCUAUAUUAACAUACUGUACUCCAAGCUUCGUAUUAAGACAUUACAUCCCUAUUGUGGCGACGAACAGUAGACUAGAGGAAGAGUCAGGUGAUGCAUUGAGCUUCUGCUCUCGAAUGUUCUCGGGUUUUCUUCAACUGGUGCUGACGCCUGCUCCUUAUCAAGAGGGAGAGUGAAAAGGAAUGGGCAAGUGGUUUUGAAAGUGUUGUUGAUCCAUUUCAAGGACACGUGAUCAAAGACUAAUGUAACGAGGGGUAGUAGUUCUCCAUUCCUUUGUGUUUAAGCCUCGGGGGAUUAGCGUCGUGUUGCAACCUCUGUUGCUUUCCUCAGACUCCUCUCCUUACCCGAGCCUCUUCAUGCGCUCACAAAUACAAAGAGUUGGCCUCCCGGUAAAUCUGUGGUGUGACAAAGCCUGUAAUCUUAUUGUUGCUCUCUUUCCCCUUUACUCCCGAACAUUUACUCCCCUGUGCCAGAGGACUACAUUCCACGGCCGUACAAUCCCAUCCGAUCCUUCUGGGAGGCGUAAAAAAGAUUAGAGCUGAAGGACAAUAUAGUGGGUCCUGCGAUUAAUUCAAGUAUGUGUGUGUUUGGAAGGAAUCAGAGCUGAUCAGUGAUAGCUUUGUCAGUAUGCGGCAGGUUUAUGUUGGAGGUUGAACAAGUCUGAAGGUUGAUUGUGAGAAUGGAAAUCCAUUUAUAACUCACUAUCUCUGCUGUCUGUAAUGGAUGUUCAGUUUGUGUAUAAACUACACUCUUGAGGGCAGUUGAACACAUGUUUACAUAGCAGAUGUGUUUGCCUCGCUUACAACUGAAAUGUCAUCAGCUCUGCUUUGCAAAUAUUAGCUAGUAGAGAAGUGACCUAACAUGAGCAAAACCAUUUGGGGCCUGUGGAAGUGAACGCCAGAAGGGAUAUGAAGACAUUAUUUAUUUGGUCAAUUCUUCCUCAACAGACAUCUGUGUUACAUAGCAGCAGGAAAGUCUUGUUUGCCCUAGUUCCAUUAAAAUGACUUGUUAUAUCGGAUUGAAAUAAAAGGGGGACUCAGCACACAGCUUGCUGCUAGCUGUGGUGUUUGGGUCUCAAGUAGGAUUGUUACAAUACCGACAGGUCUUUUUUUAAUGGAAGCUGAAGAGCAAACAUCUUACCCACAAAGUGAUAUGUGUCUGGUGAAGAAAAAUAACCAAAUGAACCUCAAAAGGUCAGUGUCUCCUUUUUUUUAAACAUGGAAAUAAAGGCGUAUUCCAUUUUGAGUAAUCGAUCAAUAUCCCUGAUUUUGGUUGCUGUCUAUUUGCAGUGGAAGGUAGCAAUGGAGUGAGAAAAAGUCCACAGAAAGUGCCUUUCCUCUUGAUGGUGCUGUAAAUUGAAAGAUAAAAUGUAAAAUCAAAAUCUCCUUUUCAAGAACACAUUGCAAUGCAGGAAUGGCUGCAUUUUACACACACUCACUGUACACAUUUGGUUUUUUUUUUUUUUUUUUUUUAGAGAUGGCAAUGCAAACUCGUGUAUUUAGACAUUAAGCCUACAUAGAAACAGAAUAUUAUGCCAAGUAUAUGGUUGUGGUUGAGCUUUCGCUUCCUAGUGCAUUUAGUGUCUUGGACCAAUGGUGUCGUUGGUACAGUGGACAGUGGAAUGUGCGUUGGGGUGGGUGGGGUCAUAGCUGACACUAGCGUGGUGUGUGUGUGACGCAGCCCAGCCCACAAAUGACAAACAUAGCACAGCACUUUAGAGACUGCCACUCUCACUUAGACACAGAGCCAAGAGGUUUCGAUCUCUGUCCCUCCAGUUCCCUUCAUCCUCCUGUUCCGGAGGAGGAGGAGAGGAUUCAGACCUCAGUGUAAACGAGGAGUCGAAGGGAUGUGUGUUACCAAACGAAGCAGUCGGUCAUUAAAAGUGUGCCUCAUGCUCUCGUGACUUUGUUGCUGGCUCGGUCGAGUCAGCUUGCUCUCGGGUGGUGGUUUUCCCUCUGGAACAGCCACUCAACACUUUUGUUACGGCUAGGGCUGGGUGUCAAAACAUGAUAUCAGUACGCCCCAGAUUUUUGCCAUUGAAAUUUUGAGGCAUCCGAAAUUUAAAAAAAAAAAAAAAAAAACUCCAGAACUUUUUACAAUAAUAGACUUUUGCACAGAGGAAUCAAGGUUUUCUUCUUGAAGGGCAUUUUUACAAAGGAAAGCAAAAUAGUCUGUUUGAAAAAGCAUGAAUGACAGAAAAUACUUUAGUCUGUUGCACAGUGAAGUAUGCGUUCCUCCAAGUGUCAUUUAAAGCAGGUAUAGAGAUGAAAUCAACAAAACCAGUGUCAGUAUUGAAACUCUCCUCACGAUGCCCAGCCCUAGUAACAGCCCAUGGCAUUCUGUCAUCGUAGUGCAAUGCCCUGCCAUGUGUCUUGUCCCUUAUGGAGGGAAUGUGUGCCCAGUAGUAUCCCUGUCUUGAGCCGGUAGGGUGUCGACUGAAAACCGAGGGUGGUCUGUAGUUCUGUGGGUACCUUUUCAGUCCAGGGGGUGAAAUCUUUCUAUUACAAGAGAUCUCAAAAAAAACACUGCACCUCAGUUACCUUGGUAUGCUGCAUAUGUUAUACUACAUGAAAGAAAACUGCAAAUUGCUUUUAUUAUGACAUAUAAUGCUUGAGUAAUGCCUGAUUGCGAUAUUCUUAUACAGUAACUAUUUUAGAGUCAAAAUAAGUAUAACUGUAAAAAUAUUCUCUGUUUUGUCUUAACACUUAUCCGAUUUUGAGAAAUUGUUCUUGAGCCGACUUUUAUUUUGUUGUCCUAUUUAAAUGUGUUGUUCUUUAAAUAUAUAUAUGAAAUAUAUAUAUGCGGAAUAUUUUAUGGUGUAUUUAUUGAGAGUGCGUUUAAGCGGCUGGAGUCUCCGCAUCAUAUUGCAACAUGGUGGGGGCGGAGCCAGGAGGAUGAGGCCUUUAGCCCCUCCCCCUCCAUGUUGACGCCUUAUUCUCCUAAACACGCAAGCACAACAAUAUGGAGGGGGGUGCGAGGUGGAGGAAAAGCAGGAGGUGGAUUUGACUUGUCAAAAAGCUGUGUGUCAAGUUCUGGUUGAUGUUUACAGGUCAGCUCUCCCUCCUCCUUUAUUCUUUACCCCUCCACUCUUCUUUUACCACCUGAGAAGGCCAAAUGCCAACCCCCACAUGUUGCAGCUCAUCUCUGAUGAAGGGAACCAUUUCUGAACCACACUGACUUGAGUGUCGAAUAGCUGACUUUUUUUUUCAUCCCAAGCUGCUAACUGGUACGUUAGCCAUGUAAAUUCCCCCGAGCCAGUAAAGGGCAGGUGGGAGAGCAUAAAACAAAGAAAGAAAAAAAAACUGCGGGGGAAGGAAGGAAAUAUUUUGGAGAGGCAGAAUUCUUUUGGAUUAUGGUGAAAUUUUUAGUGUAGGCGUUGCUUCUUUCCUCUUAAAUUGUCUCCUGUCAAAUUUUUUUCUUUUUUUUUUUUUUCUUGUGCCAGAGCAUUUUACAGCAGAACAGGUCUCAUUCCACGAGAAAAGACAUGCCUCAGCCUUAAGUGCGUUCUUACUUAAUCGCCAGAUUUCUAUGUGACUUUGAAAUGCCUGUGUUGGGUAGCCUACCAAGAAAACAAGCCUACGUACUUGAUCUGCCCUAAUUCCCCAACCGGCAUCGUCAUCAUUUCUCAUGCCUCAUGUAAACCACUAACAUUUUUACAGAACCUAGUGAACUCUGAUGUACGAACAAGUGUAAGCUUUCGAAAAUUGCUCUGUCCCAUUUGUACUGAUGUCAAAACAGAACCAGGUCUGGGUCAAACUGUAUUUGGAAACCAUUCUUGGCAUUUGUUUUAACCAGAUGAGCAGUGCUUACUGCCUCAGGACAAUUCAGAUAUUAACAUAAAUUCUGAAUGACAUGAAAACAUAUGCUAAUUUGCCUUUUAUACCCUUCCAUGUGCUGUUGUAAACUCAUUGGUCAUUCUAUUGUCAUUAAUUGCAAAUCCAAAGAACAGUAUUUUCAGAUACAGUUGGACCUGGGGCCGGACAGGAACCUGGGGGCUCCCCGGAGUGCUGGAUUACAGAGACCUGUGCCUGUAUAAUGAACCAAGGAUGAAUAGUGUUGUGAUGAAUUGCUGUUCUUUUCUUUCUUUGUUUUUUUUUUUUUUUAAUUCUUCUGUUGGUUGUCCUUCACCCCAUUCGAGGAUCAGAGACAUGGAGCUUUUGAGUGUUGUCAGUCCUGUUCCAAAGUAAAUAGGCCCUUUGCCCAUUAAGCCAAAUAAAUUUUGGUUAAUAAAUGUUUACUGUAAUGUUUACUCCCAUGGCUAUCAGAUGUUUAACCUGUUCUCAUCCCAUUAGCAUUCCAAUAAUGACUACGAACCAAAUAUUGCAGAAGAGAUUAGGCUCCUGAUGCCACUUUUCCCUUGUACACACACAAUGGUUUUGAAAACAGAUACUUGACAGUGGUCAAGGAUUUUCUGUGUACGCUGACUGUCCAGAUUGUCAGGAUUUUUUUUUUGUUUUUUAUUCAAUGUAGCAUCACUCUUGUGUCAGUCUUAUUUUAAACAAAAGAUCUUGGGCUCUGAUACCUCUGUGUGAGGCACCAGCAAACGGAUGUAUACGUCGAACAGUGAACCUUCACCACCAGAUGAUCCAUGUCUCAGUCUGUGUUAGCCUAUGUUGCACCGGCUCUGUUGUACCAACAGCUCGAUUCCUUUCAGUUUUAAAUGUCUUUCUUUUGUAACUCUCUUACAGGAUGUUGGCCUUUUAGUGUUGCUUUGCUUCAGUUUGAAGUGUAUCUUUGACUAAUACUUGCAAUAAAAUGCUUUGCUUUA